AUGCUUCAUCAUUCAAAUAGCCGCCAGCAGAGGAACAGAGGAUCAAAAAUCAAAACGUUACUCAAGGUCACGUUACUCUUAGGUGUGGCUGUUUGGCUUGUGUAUCAGGUGAAGCAUUCUUAUGAUAAGAAAAAUGAGUACUACAAUGCUACCGAGGACCAGCUUUCCCAUGAUGAUAGAAGCAUGUUCCAGGGCAGGAAAGAAAGGCUAGGUACUUAUGGUGAUGGCAAUGUGGAAAAGGCGACAGAGACAACCGAUGUAAUAGGCAAACAAGAGGAAGAGAAGAGUGGAGAAAGUGUCUUUGACAAAGACAAUACUGACUCCCAUGAUGAUGAUUCUGGAAACACAGGGAGGUCAGAAGCUGAAGAAGGGCAAGUCAGUCGCGCAGAUGAUAAUGCAGAAGCACAUCGUAAUGAAACAUCUGAAUCCAACUCAUCUGAUGCUGAGACUAAAACUGAUGUCCAUUCAACUGGAGAUGAUGUACCCCAUGAAGAAGAGGCGCAAAGUGAUGGAUCCGCUAAUGCAGGUCAGAUCGAUGCAAGCGGCAAUGGCUCAGAUGGAGAGCAAGCUGAGAAAAAGGGCGCAGUGGAGUCUCAAGCUGACUCUGGGUCCCUUUCUGAAGAUACCAAGGCUGGAACAGGUGACGAGCAUUCCGCUGAGACUCUUCCAGAUGAAACAGGCAACAUACCAGCGGUUCAUAAUGCAAAUCCUCAAGGCGAUGCAGCUUCCAGUACAUCCGAUGCUUAUGGGCAUAGCAACAGUGAGACUGUUCAUAUAGAGGUUGGGUCUGAACAUGAAGGGGCAACAACAUCAUCUGUGACCACAUCUGGUGAUGCUGAGAAGGGUAAUUCUGUGGAGACUAAUCCAUCUGAUAGCAUCUCAGUAGAAGAAAAGGCUGGUGGUGAUGGCGAGAAGGGUUCAGAAACGAGUACAGCUAACGAGGCGUCAGGUGCCAAAGAAGCAAACCCUGAGGAAGGAAAUGCUGCAGCAGAAGUUCGCGCUGAACAGGCUGCAAAUACGCAGACAGAGAACUCCGAUAGAGCCUCUGCUGCUGCUGCUGCUGAAGGAGCAAAUGGUGGUUCUCUAGAAGAGACAAAGGCUGUGGAGAACCAGAUUGAUGGAGCUACAAAAGCGUCAAGCAAUGGUGAUCAGGACGAUAUCAAGAUUGAAACCAACACAUCAACCAGUGACGUGCACAAUGAACAUCAGAGUGCUGAUGCCAGUUCUGGGUCGAGCGGCUCAAAUGACACUGGCCCUGAACAAACUGGAAAAACUGAAACCCAGUGA